AUGAAACGAUGGUAUUUGAGACUCGACGAUUCAGAGAUCUUUUUCGACCCGAAACGCGCUCCAGCUGCAGCGAUUUUCCAUUUUCUCACAGCUUUAUUGUUAUACACAUAUUUAAUCCCGAUUUCUCUAUACGUUUCAAUAGAAAUCGUGAAAGUUCUACAGACGAUUUUCAUCAACAACGACAUUCAUAUGUACUACGAAGAAGCUGAUAUACCCACACACGCGCAAACUUCAAAUAUCACCGAAGAACUCGGCCAAAUCGACACGAUUUUCUCAGAUAAAACCGGGACUUUAACCUGCAAUUCAAUGGAGUUCAUCAAGUGUUCAAUAGCAGGAACAACAUACGGACGUGGUGUUACAGAAGUUGAAAGAGCUAUGGCGAAAAAGACAGGAUCACCAUUGGUUGUUAAUGGAAGAGUUCUUGAUGACGAUAAUGAUGAUGAAGACGAUGAUUCUGGGUUAUCUGUAAAAGGGUAUAAUUUUGAAGAUGAAAGGAUUCCUGAAUGGUUAUUGGCUUCUUGA